AGGGAGAGCAGGCAGGUGAGUGGGUGAUGGAGGAGUGGCAAGGAAUGGGCGAGAUGGGUGCGAAGGGAGAGAAGGAUGCCAGCCACAACAUCAAUAACAACUAAGAAGGCAAGCAGGGAAUGGGAGAAAUAGGAGAGAAGGGUGAGAAGGUGGAAUACAGUGACAACAAUAACAAUAACGAUGGCGGCGAGCAGGAAUCGAAGCAGGGCGAGAAGGAUGAUAACAAUAACAUCGACAAUAACGAUAACAACAACAACAACAACGGUAGAGACAACAACUUCAACAACAACAACAACAACAACAACAACAACAACAACAACAACAACAACAACGAUGGAGACAUCAACAUCACCAACAAUGACAACAACAUCGUUACCAACACCAACAACAACGAUGAUGAAGAUGGGGGCGGCGACCAUGGCAGAGAAAACAACGAUGGCGAUAACUACAUCAAUAACAACAACAACAACAACAACAGCAACAGCAACAGCAACAACAACAACAACAACAACAACAACAACAUCAACAACAACGAUGACGAAGAUGGUGGCGGCGAUCAUGGCAGCAUCGGGGCAGGGAGUGAAGAGGGGAGUGGCGACCAUGGCAGAAGAAGGGCAUGGAGUGGUCUUCCCACAUCCAUGAUUGCCAUCAACACGGAGGGAGAGAACAACGAUGGUGACAAUGAUAUCAACAACAACAACAACAACAACAACAACGACGAAGAAGACGGCGGCGGCAAUCAUGGCAGAAGCAGCGGGGUAGGGAGUGGUGCUUGCGCAUCCAUGUUCGCUACCAGCGCGGUGACCAGCGCCGAGAUCGGCUGCAAAAAUAGGUCUACUAUCCUCUCCCCCCCCAACCUUGAUAUGGAGUUGAACGCUUCUGCUCGGCACAGGGGAGGAGUAGGAUAGAUGAUGGUGGUUGCUCUUGCCUGCCCCUGCUCUCUUCAGAUAAAGCAUAGUACCACGA